UCUUUGAAAAAUUGCCAAUUUCCUCCGUUCGAUACUGCACGUAAUUACGAUCAGGCCACUCCUGUUUGCAUGUUCAAUAGCGGGAGGGAAAGGAAUUAGCUCGACGAGCAAGAAGACGGUGGUGCUCCUGUGCUGAUUCCGGGGAGAUACUGUCAAAGGGUUUAUAGUUUUAGGGACCUCAAGUUGCUGAUCAAGGUUGUCUGAACAUAUACUGUUAACCUCUGAGAUCCCACCCCACGUUUGUGAACUAAUUGUGGUGGGAGAAGGUAUCUAGACAUGGAUGAUAUGUUGUCCGGGGAACCCUCUAAUCAUGGAUCACAUGAAGGAGACUCUAAGGUUUCACAGGACAAGCCAGAAGAAGGUGGCAGGGGUUGGUAUUUCUCCAGGAAGGAAAUUGAAGAGAAUUCACCUUCAAGAAAAGAUGGCAUUGAUUUAAAGAAAGAAACUUACCUGCGCAAGUCAUACUGCACACAUUUACAAGAUUUAGGGAUGAGGCUGAAAGUGCCUCAAGUAACAAUAGCAACGGCAAUAACAUUUUGUCACCGCUUCUUCCUUCGACAGUCCCAUGCCAGAAAUGAUAGGAGGACCAUUGCCACGGUAUGUAUGUUUCUUGCGGGUAAGGUUGAAGAAACUCCCCGUCCUCUGAGGGAUGUGAUACUUGUCUCAUAUGAAAUUAUUCACAAAAAGGAUGCUGCAGCUGUGCAAAGGAUCAAGCAAAAGGAGGUAUAUGAAAAACAAAAAGAACUUAUUUUGCUGGGAGAAAGGGUUGUCCUUGCUACUCUUGGUUUUGAUCUUAAUGUGCAGCAUCCGUAUAGGCCCCUUGUUGAGGCAAUUAAGAAAUUUAAGGACGCCCAGAAUGCCCUGGCUAAAGUCGCAUGGAAUUUUGUGAAUGAUGGGCUUCGGACGUCUCUAUGCCUGCAAUUUAAGCCCCACCAUAUUGCAGCGGCUGCUAUUUUCCUUGCUGCCAAGUUCCUCAAAGUGAAGCUCCCAUCAGAUGGUGAGAAGGUUUGGUGGCAGGACUUUGAUGUUACCCCACAUCAAUUGGAGGAGGUUAGCAAUCAGAUGUUGGAAUUGUAUGAACAAAGUAGACCAUCUCAGGCUAGUGAAGCAGAAGGGAGAGCGGGAGGCAGUCAGCGACCUCCUUCAAAAGGUUCUCGUGGUAAUGCCGAACAUCCUGCUAAUAUCAGUUCUUCCCAUGAUGGAAGUGCUUCAAGAGGAGCAUCCUUGAAGCCAACACCCACAAGGCUAGUUGCUGAUCAGCCGCAUGCUGAUAAUCACCGUGGGCCCCCUAAAGUGACUCAAACACAAAGUAGUGACUGUGGAAUCUCUGAAACAAAUAGCAAUAUAUAUCACAGGGGAGAUGAUGAGAUUAGUGGCAGACAGCAACAUGAGCGGCAAGCAUUAACCCACCAGGCAAACUUGGAGGAGAUUCAGAAUACUCCAAUGUUUAGGAUUGAAGGACACGGCGAAGAUGAUCAAGAAGGGAAUUCUAGGGAAAUUCAAGCAAGGGAUAUAGUUGAACAGAAGGAUAAAUAUCAUGGUAGAAAUUUGUCCCACAGGAGUGAUACAUUCGGGCAGUCACUUCAAGAUGCUAAAACAAAGCUCGAUAAAGAAAAGCUUAAAGCAACCUUUGAAAGGAGGAAGGCCCGUGGAGACAUAACUCAUAAAAUGGGCCCUGUCGAUGAGCUUGAGAGGGAACUGGAGGAUGUUCAAUUGCUUGAUGUGAAUGAGCAGAUUAAGCAUGAAAGAAAACAAAGCGAGUCCAUAUCUUCAAAUCGGGCAGGAUGUGAUAACUCUCCCAUGAAACAUGAGAACGAGGCUGGAGACGGACAUUACCAGGAUGUGAAAAAGCUUUCUCAUGGCAAUGAUUUUGAUGCGGUAGAAGAAGGGGAAGUGGAACCGUCUGAUGAUACUGAACGUGGAUAUCAAUCACCUUCACCCAGCAUUCGCCAGAAGAAGGCUGGUAGCCUGCAAACCAGUGAAGAGAAAGCCAUGGAAUGAUCAUCAUCAGCGUCCAAAAAACCAAACUCGCGAACUACUAUCCACAGUACAGAAAUGGGUUAUGGAGGCUUGGUUAUCCAGAAAGGUGACACAAACGGCAGGAGAACCAUGUAUAACAUGUGUUCAGUGAUUGCUUGAGAGUGUUGGGUUUGCGCUAAAUGUUUUACAUGAACUGAAACGGAAACUAUGGUCUCUUUUCAGGCAAGGAAUGUUCAGACUCGUACCUCAAUUAGUUAUCUUGAAAUAUAUG